AUGGCUGGCAGUGGCUCUCUCUCUCUCACUCUCUCUCUCUCUCUCUCAAUUCUCUCUCUCAAGUCUCUCUCUCAAGUCUCUCUCUCUCUCUCUCUCUGUAACUCUAUGGCAGGUCGUCCAGACAUCAACGGGCUAUCAGCAAGAACAACUUUUUCUCUCUCAGAUUUCUCUCUCUCUCUCUCUCUCUCUCUCUCUCUCUCUCUCUCUCUCUCUCUCUCUCUCUCUCUCUCUCUCUCUCUCUCUCUCUCUCUCUCUCUCUCUCUCUCUCUCGUCUCUCUUUCCUUUUGGUCAUUUUUUUUUCAGUUGGUCUUGGUCCAUCCGCGUCGCGGCACAGUGAUUUUGAAACCCCCGACCCCUCCAACGCUCUCCGCCACGAUGGCGCUCGUUCGCUCCAUCCAGCAAACCGUCCGCACCACUGGUGUUCGUGCUGCCCAGCAGGUGCGCGCUCUGGGCAACGGCCUGCCCCCCGUGUACAAUGAACCCGUUUGGGACUACGUCAAGGGUGUCGAUGAUGACAACCGCGCCAACAUUCGCGAGGCUUGCCAAGUGGUUCGCAAUGAAACCGUGGACAUUCCCUGCGUCAUCAACGGCGAGGAAAUUUACUCGGGCAACACCGUGGACCAGCUCGCUCCCUCCCAACAUGAACUCACCAUCGCCCGUAUCCAUCACGCCGACGAAGCCAUGAUCAAGCGUGCCAUUGACGGUGCCGUGGAAGCUCGUAAAGAGUGGGAGCUCAUGCCCUGGGAACACCGAGCGGCCGUCUUUCUCCGCGCUGCGGAUAUGCUCACCACCGAAUACCGCUUCCGUGCCUUGGCCACGACCAUGAUUGGUCAGGGCAAGAACGUCUACCAAGCUGAGAUUGAUGCCGCCGCCGAGGCCGCUGAUUUCUUCCGCUUUGGUGUCCACUAUGCCAACGAAAUCUUGCACCAGCAGCCGGAACACCACGCUGCUCACGUCUGGAAUCGCUUGACCUACCGAGCUCUCGAGGGCUUUGUUGCGGCUGUGCCGCCCUUCAACUUUACGGCCAUUGGCGCCAACCUCGGCGCCUGUCCUGCCAUCAUGGGCAACUCGGUUCUCUGGAAACCCACUGAGACGGCAGCCCUCAGCAACUUUACCAUCUUCCAAAUCCUGCGCGAGGCCGGCAUUCCCGAUGGUGUGAUCCAAUUUGUCCCCUCAUACGGCCCGACCUUUGGUGACACGGUGGCCGCUGAUCCCCGCCUCGCUGCCAUCAACUUUACGGGCAGCACCAAAACCUUUGACCACCUGACGCAGCUGGUGGCCAGCCGCGUCUCGACGUACAACACUUACCCCCGAUUGAUUGGAGAGUGUGGUGGUAAGAACUUCCACUGGCUGCACGAAUCGGCCGAUGUUGAGGACACGGUCAACGGCACCAUCCGCUCGGCCUUUGAGUACCAGGGUCAAAAGUGCUCCGCCUGCUCGCGGGUGUACGUGCCUCGCAGCCUGUGGCCCGAGUACAAGGCCGGCAUGAUUGAGGCCCUCAAGGAAUUGCGCGUCGGUCAGCCGGAUGAGUUUUCUUCCUUCAUGACGGCCGUCAUUGACGAGAAGAGCUUUGACAAGAUCUCUGGUUACAUUGAGCACGCCCGUCAGAGUGAUGACUACGAGAUUCUCUUUGGCGGCGAAUGCGACAAGAGCACGGGCUACUUUAUCCAGCCAACCAUGAUUCAGACGACCGACCCCAAGUCCCGCCUGAUGCAGGAGGAGAUUUUCGGCCCCGUGGUGACGGCCUAUGUGUACGAGGAUGAGGACUGGGAGUCAUGCCUUCAGACUGUCAACGAGACCUCGCCCUACGGUCUCACCGGUGCCGUCUACGCACGUGAUCGCUCUGUGAUUGACACGAGCCUCCGGGUGCUGCAUCACGCCGCCGGCAACAUCUACAUCAACGCCAAGUCCACGGGUUCUGUGGUGGGCCAGCAACCCUUUGGUGGCGCUCGUCGCUCGGGCACCAACGACAAGGCAGGUGCCGCCAACUACCUCCUGCGCUUCACUUCCAUCCAGUCCGCCAAGGAGUGCCUCUACCGCCUCCCCGACUGGCGCUAUGAGUACAUGGAGGAUUAAGUGUGUUGUUUCCUUGUUUCUCUUCCGCUUUGACCUAUCUGGAGAGGGAGCCUUUGGCGCUGUCCCAGCCACUUUGAAUGAAGCUUGUUACCCAACAAGAAUUAAAAUGAUGGUUCCAAC